AUGGCAUCCGCGACGAAGCCGCCAUUUGGUGUGUGUACACCCCUCGUCACAUUCUUCAACGAUGACGAGUCCAUCGACAUCCAAAGCACAAAGACCCACAUUCAGCGCAUGGCAGAGGGCGGCGUCACGGGGCUAGUCCUGCAAGGCAGCAAUGGGGAAGCACCGCAUGUUACACACGAUGAGCGGAGAGUCAUCGUCCAGACCGCCCGCCCACAUCUCGACCAGCUCGGCCCCCCCCAAGUGAAGCUAAUCGUUGGCUGUGGCGCACCCAGCGUCCGCGAGACGCUGUCCUACAUCGCCGAGGCAAAAGAAGCCGGCGCCAACUUUUCAUUGGUGCUUCCUCCGGCAUAUUGGGUUGCUGCCAUGACGCCACCUGUAGUGGAGGGUUUCUUCAGUGCGAUCCUCAUCUACAACUUCCGAGGUGUUACCUCAGGAAUCGACAUCAGCUCAGACUCCGUCAUCAGAUUGGCAAAGAAGCACCCGGGCAAGAUCGUGGGCGUCAAGCUCACGUGUGGCAACGUUGGAAAGCUGCAGCGCGUUGCGUCGGCGCUGCCCAGGGAUGUGUUCUCGCCGUUCGCGGGCAAGUCGGACUUCUUCCUCCCCGCGCUCGUGGCCGGCUCCAAGGGCGUCAUUGCGGAGCUGGCCAACGUGGCGCCCAAGACACACGUGCCGCUGUUGCAACUGUAUCAGGACGGUGACCUCAAGGCGGCCAUCGAGCUCCAAUCCAAGCUCAGCCAUGCUGACUGGGCGCUGUCCAAGGUGGGCGUGGCUGGUGUCAAGGCGGUUGUUUCGCACUUCUUUUCGUACGGGUCUGGUCGGGGCAGGAGGCCGUUGGGGCUGACCACGGUAUCUGCUCUCCCUGACGAUAUUCUAGGGCCAACUAAAAAGGUUAUUGAUCUAGAGAGAUAG